AUGGGCACCGCCGCCGCCACGGCCGCCGCACCGCUGCUCGACCCCCAAGCUUUCGCCCUGCAGCAAGGCGAGCUGGACGGGCGCUUUGCCGACGCGGAUGAGCAACCAGCGGCACCUGCCGAGGAGCCCGCGGAGGACGAGGAAGAGGAAGACGACGAGGACGAGGAUUGGUCCGACGACGACGUGCGCGAAGCCCAUGCCUGGCUGGACGCCGCGGAGGGCCCGGACGGCUCAGCGCGGAUCUCCUCAACCUUCUCGGGCGCCGGAGGCGCGGCGCGGAGGCCGAACGCGCACGGCGGGAUGCUCGCCCGCACCCUCCAGCCGCUCUCCAACCGCCAGCAGAAGCUAGCCUCGCACUUCCGCGCCGGCCCCUUGGAGGAGUGGGAAGGUAGAAUGGACGUGGGGAUGUCAAAUUCCGUGACGACUGCAAUAAGGGACAACGUAAGAGAUUCCACGAUUGGGAAAACAAGGAAUAUUGGGAAGGCUGAUCGCGCCACAGUUGAACAGGCUAUUGACCCGAGAACACGCAUGGUUUUGUUUAGGAUGUUAAACAGAGGUGUUUUUGAUAACAUAAAUGGUUGCAUUUCUACUGGAAAAGAGGCAAAUGUGUACCAUGCAACAAAAAAAGAUGGCAGUGAGUUAGCAAUCAAAGUCUAUAAAACUUCCGUCCUUGUUUUUAAGGAUAGAGACCGAUAUGUUCAAGGAGAUUAUCGUUUUAGACAUGGUUACUGCAAGCAUAAUCCUCGGAAGAUGGUAAAAACCUGGGCUGAAAAGGAAACACGAAAUCUUAUACGUGUUGGAGAAAAAGGAAUCCGGUGCCCAAAGCCAGUGCACUUGAAGCUUCAUGUUUUGGCGAUGGAGUUUAUAGGAAAAGGAGGUGUUCAUGCUCCUCGCCUUAAGGACGCUGCUUUGUCGGAUGAUAAGUUGCGUGUAGCUUACUUCGAGAUAGUUACAACGAUGCGGACACUCUACCAAAAGUGCAAGCUUGUCCAUGGUGAUUUGAGUGAAUACAACAUUCUUUAUUAUGAGGGACACUUGUACAUCAUUGAUGUUUCACAGUCAGUCGACCUCGAUCAUCCUUUAGCAUUGGAUUUCCUCAAGGAAGAUUGCUUGCAUGUUAAUGACUUCUUUGAAAAACGAGGUGUUGCUGUCAUGACAGUAACAGAGCUAUUUAAUUUUGUUGUUGAUCAAAAUAUUGCUGAUGAAGAUGUUGAUGAUUACCUGGAGAAGGUUCAGCAAAAGAUUAUGGAAAAUGAAGAUACAGAUGCAAGGGAUGAUGAAAUUGCUCCGACAGUCUUGGUGCAGACGUUGGACUAUGUGAAGCAAUGCGAGGCAGAUAUAGUCAACAUGUCAGUGGCGCAACGUCCAUCCCUUGGCUAUGAACCAACAGCAGAUAAGCUUUAUGACCUGCCACAGCUAGGAUUUGUGCGGGCUAAAAACGAGCCUAGCGAGAAGCAGCAAGAACAGCCGGCACAAGAUACACCGGAAGAACCCCUGGACCUACAGAAUAAGUGCUCAUUGGAGGAGAACAAGGAGGAAGAUGAAUCAGAAGAAAGCGAAUCUUGCUCUGGUUCUGACGAAGACGGUUCGUGGCAGGAGUCCACCAAGUUGGGGCCUGAGGAAAAGAAGGCUGCUCGGAAGGAAAACAAGAAGAAGGUGAAGGAGGAAAAGAGGGAAACCCGCAAGACGAAGAUCCCCAAGGCUGAUAAGAAGAAGCGGAAGAAGAUGGCCAAAGCCAAGUGCAAGCGGUAGUGAACUGCUGCAGGCAAAGGCACAUGGCUCACACCAUCAGUUUUAAGUUACAGACAGUUGUUAUACGAAUCUACUUUCAGUUAGCACUUUAUCUUCAAAUGGAAAUGUGUGAUGUCCCCAGUCCUCUAUAAAUGUAUUAUUACUUGGAGAACCUGUGCUGUAAAAGAUAUAUCAGUUCGCAAGAUUACCAGAUCUUU